UACUCAAUCGUAUCCACAAACAAAUACCAUUUCAGAAAAAAAAUUCAUUGUGUUCCAUUUUCACUAACACGCUUCCAUUUUUGUUUUUCUAUACAGUUUCACUAAUUAAUUCACAAUAGGAGAAAUGAUAUGUGAUUGAUUCAUGAUGAUGUUUGGUGCUCUCUCCCGUUACUCUCCUCGUCAUGUAACAACCAUAUGUUUACGGGCUUUUUCAACGGAGACAUCUCUUGACAAAGAGGGAGUGACAAGCGAAGUCUUGAAGGAAUUUUGUGCCACCAUUGAAAAUGCUUCAACAACCAGUGCUAGAGUCUAUUAUGCAUAUAUUGAUAAGAUGUGCAAGGCGGGAAACCUUUCAGCCUUAAGUCAAAUGCUACAAAUUUUAAAUGACAAGAACAUUGUUGUUUCACCCAAUAUGUAUAAUCUCAUAUUAGUGGAAGCAAGUCAAAAGAAUGACAUUGUCCUUUCAUGUCAAAUGCUCAAGAAAUUAUUAUUGUCAGGUGAAUCCCCAAGUGCAACCUCAUGCGUUAAAUUUGCCCAGGCUUUCAGAGAAGUAAAUCAGUUUACGGAGCUUAUUAUAUUUCUUAAAGAAAUAGUAUCAGAAACAAGUUGUUCAAGUAUAUCAUCAUUCAUAAACAAGAUCAUUUUUGCUUUUGCCAAAAGUGGACAGAAGGAUAGUGCCUUGGCGAUAUUUGAGCAUCUUAGAGGACAGAACAAUAGUUGUCUCGACUUGAUCACAUAUAAUAUUGUUCUCGAUAUCUUGGGUCGUAAGGGUCGUGUGGAUGAAAUGCUUGACAUGUUUGUGUCCUUGAAAGAAACAGGUUUUGUUCCGGAUACUAUUUCAUACAAUACUCUAAUAAAUGGAUUGCGAAAGGUGGGAAGAUCAGAUAUGUGCUUUGAAUAUUUUAAGGAAAUGAAGGAGAAUAGAAAUGAACCGGAUUUGCUUACAUACACUGCUUUAAUUGAUAUUUCUGGCCGAGCAGGAAAUAUCGAAGAAUCAUUGAAAUUCUUCAUGGAGAUGAAACUGAAGGGGAUUCUUCCUUCCAUUCAAAUCUACAGAUCACUAAUCCAUAAUUUAAAUAAAACAGAGAACAUUGAGUUAGCAACAGAACUUUUAGAAGAGAUGAAUUCAUCAUCAACUUGUCUAGCUGGUCCAGGAGAUUUCAAGACAAAAAGAAGGCAAAGAAAGACUUAAAGGUCUGUGUAUUUAAUUUUAGCUGAUUGGGUUCUUAAGGUAUGGAAGUUUACAUUGCCAUGCACUAUUCUAUGCCUUGUCUUCGUUGGAAUGUAAUGUUGAUCCUCAUGAGUGACUGCCAUGGUCACGUUUGAACAUUGCAACUGGAGAGCAUAACAUCGAUAAUGACGAUAAGUUCAAUUUCGUCAUUACUUACUGUGGGUUAUGAGAAUGAUCCACUAAUUUGUUAAGGCAUGACUUGAAUUUUGUCAUCAAAUAGAGACUGUAUAGUUUGUCUAAUUUUUUUCAAUACAGAAUUUAUUGUGUUGAAAGGGCACAUAAUUGUAAUCUUGUUUUAAUUGGCUCAGUUAAUAUUCUACGUCGGAACUACCUAAUUUUCAAAUUUGCAUUGUCAGGGUUUUCUGAAA